ACACGGUUUUCUAUACAUUAUUUCACAUUUACGUGUUUAAAGUUAUUUCAUCAUUUUUGUAGUCUAUCUUUUUUUCAGGACCUGUUGUUGGCGCACUGACGGACAAAUACGGUUGUCGUGUUGUUGUUGUUGCCGGAGCUGUCAUCAGCUGUGUCGGAUUCGUAGCCAGCUCUUUUGCAACUAGUAUACUUUACCUCUGCUUGUCGUAUGGUAUCUUAGCAGGUCUAGGAAUCGGAUCGAUGUAUAUACCAGCAAGUGUCUGUGUAAUACAACAUUUCAACAAGCGCCGAUCUCUAGCCAAUGGCAUUGCUGCGUGCGGAUCAGGCGUAGGAACAUUCGUAUUCAACCAGUUGACACGAGCUUUGAUAGACCAAUAUAGUUGGAGAGGAACUAUUUUGUUGGAGGCAGGAAUAACGCUGCAAGGAGCAGUGCUGGGGCUAUUUUUGCUUCCUCCUAAGGCUAAGAGACUGAAGGACCAAAAUAACAAGAAACUAAAAGGUGACUCGAACUCAGUUUCAACUAGUGGUAAUAGCUUAAGUGACUCCUCUAAAGCUUAUACUACCAUCCACAAAGAUGAACUCGGAACAGAUAUUGAAAAGACAUGUUUUGAAAUUGACACAGAUAUUAAUUGUGAAGAAGAUGCAUCAACUAGGCCAUCAUCUCGGUCAACUAAAAGCUCGUCUAAGCUACAAAUGACGAUAAACUCGUUGUUACACGUGAGUCUUCUGAAAAAUUUUAGGUGCUGGUUAUUUCUUUUAUCAGCUUCAACAUUUCAAUUUGCCUUCACAAUAGCCUUCAGCCUUAUACCUGACCAAGCCAUGGAGAUUGGUAUGACAAAACACCAAGCCACUUGGUUAACGUCUUCAAUAGGUAUAUCAAACACCAUCAGUCGUGUCUGUUUUGGUUGUUUAGGAGAUAUGCGAUGUAUCAAUAGAAUGGUGCUAAAAGAGAUAAUUCUGUUGAUGGCUGGGGUAUCCACGGGCUUGUCUAUCCUGCUCACAUCAUUCGAGCUAAAAAUAAUAUACACGAGCUUGUUUGGUUUUCUAGUCGGCGGAUAUGUGACAUUGCGCCCGGUGGUACUGGCUGAUCUGUUCGGCACUGAAGUCAUUGCAAAGUCGUACGGACUUCUAAUGUUUUUCGUUGGAGUUUCUGGCUUUAUUUCUACACCACUUGGAGGUUUGCUGUUUGACAUGACCGCUGAUUAUGACGCCACAUUCGUCGUCGCCGGAGUGGCAUUUAUAAUAGCAGCAUUUCUUUUACUUUUAUUGAAAAUUUUAUCAAAUAGAAAAAGAAAAUAAUGAUCAAUGACAGUGAUGUAUAUUCGUUUAUUCUUCUAAUCAGACAAUCAGAAAUAAUGUUAUUGUGAUGAGAUAGUGUUUGCAUAAGGUGACUAACAUGCUCUGUCGAAUGUCUUCACCCCACCACCACGACAAAGGAAGGGUAUCAGAAUGAAAUUUACAUAACCGCCAACACGAAAAUAGUACAGAAAAUUUAGAUUAAAUGGUUUUUAGGCUUUUUCUCUUGUCCAGACGGUUAUAUUCACGUGGUCGGGUUUUCAAAUAAUUCAACAGGCAUAAACAUUCAACCUAAAAGGCUGAUACAUGUACAUGUAAGUCAUAAGGACCCACUUAAAACAACUGUUGGUGUAUUUUCUUUGGAAUGACUUCCUGUUAAAAUGUUCUCUAUUUUCUAACCAGUUAAAAAGAUCCGAUAUUUUUUAUAUAAAUAUGUUUAAAUUUAAAUCAAAAGCAAUUAACAACUGUUGUUUUUCCGGCGUGCAAAUUCAGAUCUAUAUUAUAUAGUAAGGAUAUGCUGCAGUUGAUGUAAUUAACCUUUACCCUGCUAAAUUUUUAAAAUAGACUGGUCUAUCAUUGUCAGAAUGAUUUAUAUGUUUGAUAUAUUGAUAAUGUUACACGUAAGCACAGAUAGUAGUUGACUCCCUUUUCAUGCUAUCAUUGCUAUAAUUAUUGUUGAAUUGCUGUUAAUAAUAAGAUUUGGGUCAUUUGUGGCUGAUUUGGGUUCAUAAUUUCGAUAGCUGGAUCCCAGCAUCACACAUUGGGAAAGUUCACAUGGAAGCUCUAGGGUAGAGUAUAGACCGACUCUAUACUCGAUAACCCACUUGAACGGUAUAAAUGAGUACACCAAUCGUACCUUCCCUGUUGGAGAGCUGAACUCUGCAAACACCACGGCGAGGUAGGGUUUACUGGUUCCUUGCUUUUCAUCACAGCGCUCAUUGUGCAGGGGGAAAACAAUUUAAGAUAUUUCCAGGGCCCAAUUUUUGAUUGGUCUGUUACUUUACUGGUGGAAGCAAGUAUCAUUUACACAACAGCCUGCACUUCUCUAGAGUUCCGAUGUGAACUGCCCAUAAUGUCAUAAAUAAUAGUUAAAGGGAACCAGAUAUUUGAUAGAGCAAGUUCUCGUUGUAAAACACUAUGUAUAAAUUUGCACCAAUCAGAAUACGUUCUAUAAAUAGCACCAAUCAAAGCUCACGGCUGCUAAGGUAUAAAUAGGUAGAUGCAUGAGAGAUCAUUCGGUAUCCAGCGAUCGAAGAAGACACAUUCAACUAAUAAUUUAUCCCAGUACCUUGAUGAGGAAGUUAUUGCAACUACACUGACAGGGCGGAUAAAUUAUUAAAAAGAAGACGUUUGAAGUUCAAAGACUAAAGAAAGAGUUGCAAAAUUUCAACAAGGUUUCGAGCCGAGCUAUAUGGCCAGCGCAUAGGAGUUUUACCUUAAGGGUAGUUGAAUGCUAUAGACGAUAGCAAUAUAGGCUGAGCAUCGGAAUACUGAGGUAGAGACAUAGGUUUUGGUGAUCUACUGAGGAAGUAGGAGAGUUCCAGCUUAUAGACGAGGUUACGCGUUAUUAGCGAAGUACAGCCAAUGCGUCAGGGUUGGUAGAUGAAUGCUUUAAGUGAUAGGAUAUAGGCGCUGAGCAUUCAGGAGUUGGGGCAAUCUUAGUGAGUUGCAGCUUUAAUUAAAAGAAUAUAGGCUGAGCAUCUAUGCGAUAGGUCUCGUACGUUGUUGUUCAAAGACAUUGUCUGAAGGGAACUUCGACAUAAAGACCAGUCAAGUAUAGUAUCUCCAACUUAUAAACUUAUAGGAGUUUAAGCUGUUGAUUUUGAGUUGAAGGUUCAUAGUUGAAACAUUAAAUGACUUUUUGCCUGAUCCCUGAAAUUAUCUAGCUCAUAAUUGAAAUCAUUUUCGAAUCAUUGGUACACGAUUCAUUUAGGCAAGGUAGCCGGAGGAAAAUUUUAUAUACGAGAUAUUUGGUCUCACCAGCUAUACGUUUUAACAAAGGACAUUCUACAUCGUUAAUCAGCUAGUCUAAGACAUAGUCGCCUUGGCGAUUGGACCCAUUUCAUCGUUCAAGAUACUAAAGGCGAAGGCACUUCCCUGGGUCAUAUAGCUCGUAUCCUGACAAUUUGGGGGCUCGUCCGGGAUCAAUAUCCAAGGAGGUACAGAGACAAGUGGUUUUAACGUUCUGCUGGUGUACCAAAAGGCGCUGUGACUGAGGGUAGCGUGAGCUACAUAUAUUUCAGUUCCAGAAUUGGUUCCAGCUUAAUGUUUCAAGAUGAAUUAUGAUUAAUAGGUUGAGAUGGGCGAACGUGUGGGUUUGUCGGGUUCAGAUUUCAUAUAAAUUGUGGGUAGGAAAGAGAAGGAAUAUACUGAACGUCAGGAACGUAUGCUGAGACGUAAUGAAGACAAGUGCAGGUUUGAGGCUCAAUAAGCUGAGAAAAGAUUAUACGAGCUUGAACGCUUAAAAGAAGAACGACUUUUGAAAGAACAGGAGUUGGAAAUGAUAAAAAUUAAGGCUAAAGCCGGAGUUUUGGGGAAUGAUAAAGGUGCUGAGCACUAUGAUAGUAAGACACUACGGCCGAGACUCCCAAAGUUCGAAGAGAUUAAAGAUGAUAUGGAUGCAUACCUCGAACGAUUUGAGCGUUUUGCAAAGAAAAGCAGGGAAGGAAAGAAGAGACAUGGGCUGUGGGUCUCAGCUCAUUACUCACAGGAAAAUGCCUGGACGUAUAUACAAGCAUGCCUCCAGACCAAGCCAAUGACUAUCCUGAAUUGAAGAAAAUUUGGACUUAUGCCACAGAUAAGGCGAAACUUAAAAAGAGGUUUCAAGUUUCAGUAUGAAGUGCGGAAAAAACUUAUUAUAUAGACUCUUCGAGGAGAAGGAUGCCAGAAUUGUUUAACAAAUAAUAGUCCCAACACAAUUUAGGAGAAGUGUUAUGACACUAGCUCAUAAGUCUAAAAUCAGGGGACACUUAUCAGCUAAAGAGACAGUUGAUGAAAUAAGUACGAGUUUUCACUGGCCAGGCAUAAAAAAUUAAGUAACAAGGUUUUGCCGGUCAUGUGAGGUAUGUCAGAAAGUUAAGACUGACCUGGCAUCGAAACGUAAUAACAUUAGAAAUGGUUCGAAAGAAUACAGACGUCCAGAUAGAACAAAAGGAAAUUGGAGACAAUCUGAUGUCAGACCAGAUUCACACAACUGUGAUGAUAGAGAAUGGAACCGAAAUCAUGAGAGAUUGUCUAUUAAUUACAUGAACAGGGGGCCACGUUGGCAUAACAGAACGAGUAAAAAUGAAUAUGUUAACGGACAAGAAGACAAGGGUUAUAAGGCUCAAAUAAAUCUGAUUACGUCGUGGAGACAAAAUGACAUGGGAGAUGAUCUAUGUAAAAGAUUUAUAAGUAGGGCCGACAGGAGUUAUAUAAAAAGAGGUUUCGAAGAUAACAAUUGUGUCAACAGAAAGGAUGAUAAGUACCCUCGCUGUGAAAGAAACAAAUGAAGAACAUUUAUGAUGAUAAAUAGGAAAUGAACGUUGCAUGAUACUUCUGGAAUAUCGCAUUUUAUGUUGAACCAUAAAGUUGCUAUAUAUUUGAUAAUAUUUCCAGGAGGAUGACUAAAUGUAUUGUUGAUGACAGUUGUAAAUGAUUUGUAAGAUUGAGAAAUAGUAAAAAGAAAAAGGGAUUUUGAAUACAAAUUAUUCCUUACGUUUUUGAAAACUGAAAGUAUUUUCUUGAGAAGAGGGCUAUUGUCAGAUAGCGUUCUAUAAAUAGCACCAAUCAAAGUUCACGUCUGCUAAGGUAUAAAUAGGUAGAUGGAUGACAGAGAGAUCAUUCGGUAUCCAGCGAUCGAAGAAGACACAUCGAGGAUUCAGCUAAUAAUUUAUCCCAGUACCUUGAUGAGGAAGUUAUUGUAACUACACUGUCAGGGCAAAUAAAUUGUUAAAAAGAAAAUGUAGCAAGAGGAAAAUUUUAUAUACGAGAUAUUUGGUCUCACAAGCUAUACGUUUUAACAAAGGACAUUUUACAUCGUUUGUCAGCUAGUCUAAGACAUAGUCACCUUAGCGAUUGGAUCCAUUUCAUUGUUCAAGAUACUAAAGGCGUAGGCACUUCCCUGGGUCAUAUUUCUCGUAUCCUGACAACCAUUCAAUUUGUGCAGUGUCAUCUAUUAUUGAAAGGGAUGUUCACUGAAAAUUUACAUACUGAAUAAAGAACAGUGAAGACUAAGAUGAGCCUGCAUGGAUGUGCAAGCUCAUCGUGCUGUGCACUGGUCGCAAAGGCAGAAUCACUUGCUACCUGCAGGCUAAAGAUUAAACGGCAAUACUCACUUCAUUUUUUGUCGCUAUUACGUGUAAAAUUUGUCGAUUUGUCAUGUUUUGUCAUACAAUCAUGCCUUUAAAAGAAGUUUAAAUCUAAUAUAUUUGUCUGAAGAUGCACCCGAAGUUGUGCCCCUUUGGUUGGUUACGUUCGUGUCAGCUACGAUUAUUUUGUUUGGAUGCGUUUCCUAUACUUCUAAAAGAUUUUAUGAUAUAUUUCAAUUAACUAUCAUUUUACGAAAAGCAGAGUUAUUACCAAAUACAUUUUACUAUGCUUUUAGUUUUCCGUGAUGAAAGAAGAACUCCACUAUCGAAAGCUGAAAAGUCCCCACAUGACCUAUAAUUGUGUCGGCGUGACGUUAAAUCCAACAAAAACAAAAACAAAAAAUCAGACCACACGUUUUGUAUCUAUUCACGUCUUGUUAUUAUGCCCUUUUUCUUGUAUAAAUUAGAAAUUAAAAAACAAAAAAAAUAAAAAUUGAAAAGAAUAACUAGUAGGUAGACUAAGUCCCAAUAUGCGAGAAACGGUGUGACUUUAUCUUUAAUUAUAAUCGCAAUAUUUUGAGUUUCUUAAUAUCAUAAUGUCAAGCAAUUUUCUUUAAGCGUCCGUGCAAACUGAUCAUGAUCUGCACUGUUCAGUCAGUAAAUUUUCAUUCAAAAAAUAAUUGAAUGAUUGACCAAUACAUUUUAGAAUUUUAGAAGGGUAAAGAUUAAAAUAAUCAGUAUCGCCUGUUUUGGAGAAAACCGCAGAAAAUCAUAGCGUAGACAACCACUACAACGAGGCAGACACUCGUAUAUACGCGGUACAUUGAGGAUAUUAUAUGAGUGUUUUUCGGCGACGCCGUCUAAAUUCGUUUUCGUUUACCUAUGCCACGUGACUUCAGUUUGCCAAUCAAACUACUUGAAAACGCAUUAUAGAUGAUUUAUCAAAAUGGAAGAUUUAUGCAACACUCUGCCUGAUUGGACGAGAGUGUCAAUUUCUUUCACUCUGUUGAUUGUGCUACGCUGAGUGAAAUGUAGACAAAGCGUUUAUCCUAAACGACGCUGCUCACAGUUUUAAAUUAGCUUUGGCUCAGUAUAUUUAGCAAGAAUAUUGAUAUAUCUCAAAAUAAUAAGUAAGUUUAAUAAAUGUGAUAAAAACCUGUUCAAAUACCAACAUAUAUCAAAUUAAAGAAAGAGCUGAAUACGGUCUGCGUAUCACAUGAAUAAGGGUGUGAUAAGAGUCUUUUAUGUAGAGAAGUGCUUUUUAAAAGAUUUUCCUUGUUACAAUUGUCGUCUGUAUAUGAAAAGGUUUCUUGCUUUUGUGACUUAUUCAGUUUGCAUAUUAAAAUGAGUACUUGUUUGCUUUGAUAUAUUUGUUACAAAUUAUUUAACUGAUCUGUUAUAUAUGAAGAUUUUUCUUUAGUAUGGUAUGCAAAUAUUGAACUCAGUUGAAAUCUGUUUCAUUAUAUAUAUGCUAUAUAAUGACUGAAUCUCAUUACACUGAAAUGAAGGUACGUUGCAUACAGAUUAUAUAUGAAAUAUUGAAAUAAUUACAAUUGUAUGUUUUGCUUGACCUUCACUUUUUAUAGGUGUGACGUCAUUGUCCAAAGAUUCACGAAUAGCGAAUA